AUCUUGGCGGAGAAGAGGAGGAGUAUCUAGCUGCAUAGUCUAAAUAGCACAGUUCUGGUAUGUCAUGAAGGCUCUUGCGUGCGAGACGGGGUAUUGUGUGAGAACGCAGCUUUCUAUUUUGAAUUAUCGCAGUUCUUGUCUGAAAACAACAGAAUGUAGCCUACAAAUCAUGAUUUAAUUGUAAUUAUAAAUAAAUCGUUCUCUGUGUAGGUGGUGAUACUUGAGACUACAGAAUUAAGAAGGCGAGUGUGCAUUUAACAUUAAUCGGCUGUAAUCUUAUGGAUGAUCGCUUUUGGAAAAGAAGUCUAAAGAACUCCUGCCAUCAAGGGCGGUGACCCCCCCCCCCCCCACGUGCCGUGAGGCUGCCGACCCGGAGCGCCCCCUGCAGAUGAGUGUGGCCCACUGCGCGCGAUGGCUCCUUUGCUGAGUGGUGCGUGGGGCUCGGGUGUGGCGGAGGUCACGGGGGCGGCGGGCAGCGGGCAGCUGGCCCUGGUGGGCACCAUCGCUGCCCUCGCUGCCUUCCUGCUCAUCUCCCUGCUCUUAAUGCUGUGCGCCAGCUGCCAGGGACAAAAGAAAAAAAGCCUGCCAACUGGGGACCAUGAGAACCUGAUGAAUGGGGUGUCGGAGAGGGAGGCGUUCAGCCAGUCUGUCGACAGCCCCGCGACCGACAUGGUGGCCAGCAGCUCCCAGAACGGGCCGCUGACCUGCGGUACAGUUCUCUCAGAGGACACGCUGGACACCAGUCCUCACCUCUCGGAGGAGAUGCUGUCCAGCCAGUCUGAGCUGAGGUCCUCCAAGUGCCACCAGGACCGCGAGCUUCCCAGCAUCCCCCCCAACAGCGCCCUGGACGAGGCAGGGGCGGGGGCGGCGGCGGGGGCGGGGGCGGACCCGCAGGCCUCCGCGGGGGACGGGACGUACGAGGUGGUGAAGGAGACGGCGUCCCGCGACGUGAGCGUGGAGGACUCCCUGUACGAGACAGUCAAGGAGCUGAAGGGCUCGGGCUCCCAGGGCCUGGCCAACGGCACGUCGGCCUCCAGCCUGUCCGACGCGGCCCCGCCCAUCCCCAACGGCCGCCUGAGCCCCGCCAGCCCGGGCAGGGCGCCCCUGCAGGCGGGGGACGAGUACGCGUCCGUGGACCUCAACAAGAAGAGCCGCUACAGCGCCGACCUGGAGGCCCGGCGGGCCGCCGAGGCCCCGCCCCCGCCCGAGGAGGAGGAGGAGGAGCAGCCGCCGCCCAUCCCGGACAAGGUGCUGGACGAGAACGACAACCAGGAGACGCCCCUUCUGCUGGGGGCGGGGCUGGAGAACGGCGAGAUAAACAGUCCGCUGUCUCCUACCCUCGGACAGGAGAACGACCAGCUCUCUGAGAAUGAGCUGUCCGCCAUGUAUUCGUCGGUGACGAAGACCGCCGCCGCGGAGAAGGAGGACGACUACAGCAGCAUCGGCGAGAUCAACGGCCUGCUGGCCGGGUCCACGUCCAGCGACCUGUACGCCUCCGUGAAGGACGUUUACGCGCAGCCCGACGCCGAGGCCCCGCCCCUGGACCCCGCCUACGAGACCAUCGGGAUCCCGAAGGCGGGGGGCGGGGGCUCGGCCUCGGGACCGGAGGAGCCGGCCCACAGGGAGCCCGACUACGAGAGCGUGGGCGAGGUGGAGCUCACCAGGGAGAUCUCCCGGCUCUGACUGCAGCGCGCCUGGCCCCGCCCUCCCUUUCUGCAGGCUCCGCCCACUGCCCUCGGACCUCGCUCUCAACCGCCGCCUCACACAAAUUCUUUCUGGACUUUUCGGGGGGCUGGGGGGGGGGGUCUGCCUUUGAUGUUGUGUGUCUCAGUCCCUUUUUUCUGUCGGAAAGGUCACGGUAAUGUGAGGCUUGUGUCAGCACGGCUGCCCAGUGGUCUAAGUUCAUUUGUGUUGUGCGUUUUUGGUGACUCCUGUUUGUGCUGGUAAUGUGGGGUUGCGGGAAAAGUUGCUCCAAAGUUGCUGUGGGUUUAUUUCUGCAUUCAGACCAGUGCUGAACGAAUGCAGUCUUGUGGGCUGCAGAAGAGGACAGUUUGUCCUAACGGGCAUAGAUUCAUAGGGAACUAUAGGAAACACACCCAGUGGGAGAAAAAGAGACCCUUCCCUCUGUAACCACCCUGGGGUUAUUUCCAACUUCAUGUCAUAACUGAGAGGCAACUAGAGUAUAUUUAAAGUAAGUUUUUUUUAUUUUUGAGAUAUUUGAUUUUAUUUUAAGGAAAAACAAGAGACAAACUCAAAGUGAGAGUUUUCUCUAUUCAGACCUGAAAUACCGGCCAACUUUGCACAUGUAUUGUGGCUUUAAAUGUUUUUCAGAAUAUUUUUUAUUUCUAAAAAACCUUGAUAAGCACAAUACCUGUCCUGUGUUCUGAUUGGCUGGGAGUGUUUAUAUUGAGGUUCUGUUUUAUCUGUGAUGCGCAGCAGCUAUCUUGGAAGCCUGUACUUUCAUUGUCUAAUUGAAAUCAUCUUUCCAGUGGUAGGCCACAGACCUGGUGAUACAGGAUCAGUUGAUUUUUGAAAAGUAACAAAAACAUACCAAACCCCAAUUCUCAAGGCCUGUUGCUGGCAAGACAAGGUAUCACAUUAUGGAACAUCUUUAUUUCUUUCUAAGACUUUGUGGACAUUUUAAUGUGAUUAGGCUUGAAAGAUGAGCAGCUGGCUGAAGCACACUGCAAAGGUACGCAUAUGACCCUAGGUGACCUUGUAUUGUAGCUGACUCACUAUAGACAUUAUAAAUGAACUGAGUCACUGAAUACUUCAUUUCUACAGCUUUAAAUAGCAUUCAGUUAAGAAAGUGUAUUUGUUUUUAAAAAACUGCUUUUUGCUAUCGGCAGCAUCUUAUUGUUAUAUGAACUAUGAAAAAAGUUAAAGGCCUUACCAGCCACACAUCAAGGUUUGGUAAGGCUCUGAGCAUAUUUGUUCAUGCUGACAUUGGAAUCUUGUGAUUUGUUUGUGUGUGUGUUUUUAGUAGCUCACAGGAUUUUUUUAUCUUGUUCUGAAUGUUAAUAUUAUCUGUCACCGUAAGUAAUCACAAAAUUAUUUGGUAAUCUGACGGUGUUUAAUAACUUGUACCUUCAUUUUAUUUUUAUUUAACCUUUUGCUUAUAUUGGGUACGUGUAUGGUGGUCAUGUUGAAGGACUCUUAUGCACAGUGGAAGUUUUGGUACUGCAGCACAAGCCCCUGCAAGUUUGUCUUGUUAAAACGGCACUUAAAAUGUCAGAUUUAAUUAUUUUUCUGUCAUACAUACCCGCUGUUCUCACAGAGAUGCGUGCAUGUAUCGGAUGAUGACAACAGGCCAAAAGAGGCCUGUGUCUUUUUGCAGAAUAGUAUUUUUUUCAGUUAUUGCAAGGAUUUACAUUAGCUUCCUCGUUAUUAAACAACCUUCACAUCUGUCUAUUCAUGUUCACAUGGGAACAGUGUAUUCAGUUGUACCUCCGUGAUAGGCUAUCCGCUAACUGCAGUGAGGACAGAACAGCACAUGCUGUUUGCAGUCUAUUAUACUGUAAUUUAUAGUUAAUAUCUUUUGAAACGAUCAUAUUUUAUAGAAUAGUGGCAACUGUAAGACGCAUGGCAUACUGGUUUGACUGACAGAAUAGUUUUGAGACGGAGGUCAACAGCUCAUUAAAAUUUGCCACGUGGGGGUGUAUUGAGCCCUGUUGAAAAGCAGUAAAAUAACAUAUAUAAGCUACUGAUAUUUGUUUCUGUCUUUAAAUCCAGUGUAGUUCCUCUUCUAGUGACUUCAAUCCAGUCGUGGUACAUUCUAUCGGUGCAAAGCAGUUGCCAUGUUUAAAUGUGUUGGCAGGCAUUUUUGAAUAUGCAGGUACUUUUAUUUAAAUAUAAAUAUAUAUUUAAUUGCUGUUGUUGAACAUUUAAACUUUGUAUUCUCUGCUUCAAGCUAUCUGAAUGCACAUUGAUAUUUGAAAAUAAGCAUUGUAGAACUGCUGUAAGGUGCUAUGACAAGAAAAGAAAUGUAGUGCUUACAUACAAUAUGUAUGUCUUCUUUUCAGUAUAGAGUACACGCAUUACCGCAGCUGUCAUCAAUUUAGACCAUUGUUAUGGCAUUUGUCUGAUAUUAAAUAGACAAAGCGACGUCAGACUGAAUUACCCAGUAUUAGUGCAAAUCUGCAUUAUGGAGGCAGUACAUUUCAACCAUUAACUGUCCUCAGAAAAAUGGAAGCUUGCGUCUGAGAUUUUAUAUGCGUUUUAUAGGGAGUAAAUCUCUUUGUGAUUAAUAUUUAUGAAAAAAAAAUGACUCCCUCGCUCUAUUCACGUGCCCUCUGAUUAUUCCAUGCAGUGAAGUAAUGCAAUCCUUUAAACUUAAUGAUGUUCAUGGAAGUGCCAUAAAUUGUUUUUUUAUGAUCUGUCAGAGGUGAGCAUCGCUAUCAGAUUUUACAAGGUACCACAUGCAGCGCUGUACGCAGGCUUUGCAUGCCGUGAGCUGCUGGUGCAGCGUACAUGAGGGUCAGAGAGAAGACCGGAAAAACAGGGAGCGCCACGGCUGCUAGCACCAGGAAACGGUCCAGCCUGUUUAUCAAACUACCUAUUCGAAUAAAGAAUGUACAUACUUAAAGAAA